AUGAGUGACGACGUUCCCAAUCGUGGGCCACUGAUCAAUGGCGUCACGUGGACCAUGAUCGUGCUCUCGGGGAUUUUCCUGGGCUUGAGGGUGCACGUCAAGAUCACGAAGCAUCGUGGUAUGUGGUGGGAUGACUACAUCUGCAUCGCAGCCUGGGUCUGUCAGAUCAUCUGCAUGGGUCUGAUCAGCGCCAACAUAUCUCUGGGAUUCGGCAAACACGGCAAAGACCUCCAUCUCUCUUACCCGGACGUUGUGCUGAUGUCUCUUCGCGGAGUUAUCAAUGGCACAUUCCUGGUAUUUGGCGCGGCAUGGUCCAAGACAUCGUUCGGCGUUAUGCUCCUUCGCCUGACUAAAGGGUGGCUCAAGGCGUUUAUCAUUGUUCUUCUGGUCACCAUGAACGCCUUCAUGUAUGCGACCGUCAUCGCCAACUUUCUUGAGUGCAACCCACCCGAAAAAGGAUGGAAUACGAUGAUUCAGGGAACCUGCUGGCCCGAUGGUGUACGCACAGCGAUCAAUAUCGCUUCAGCGGUAUACUCUUCCGUGUGCGAUCUGAUCUUGGCCAUGAUCCCUUGGUUCAUAGUCGUGAAUCUGCAAAUGCAGCGCUCGGAGAAGAUCGGAGUUGGUAUGGCCAUGAGCAUAGGAGUCUUUGCUGCUUGCACAGGUAUCGUUAGAGCCGUCACUCUAGUCAAGCUGCGAAACCAGGACUUUAGCUACAACGGUGGCGAUAUCGUGAUCUGGAGUAUCGUCGAAAUAUCGGUGACAGUCAUAGCCGCGUCGAUUCCGGUGCUCCGCGCAUUCCUCCGCAGCGUUGUCUCAUCCGGCGGACAGUAUUUCUCGACAUCAGGCGACCGGACCGACCAAUACCGGACCCGAACACGCGGCACCAAGUACGGCAACGCAUAUGGCAACGGGAGGAGUCAGACAACCUGCGUUGCCGCGGAUCGCUCAAAGAGCCGGGCAGAGGACGGUCUUGCGAGCGAUGCGGCGAGCGACAAGAGCAUCCUAGAUGCGGACGCGAAGAAGAUCAUGAAGACGGAGGCUGUGACAGUGAGCUUCCAAUCUUCAGACGAGGUGGGGCGCAUGGGAUACGAGCUGGACGACCUAUCACCACACCAUCGACAGUUUCCCCCUGUCUGA